ACAUGCAAAUCACCGUAAUUUAAACUGAGCAGUUGUUUAGUGGCGUGGUCCAUUCUGUGAUGCAGGUUAGCUAACUGUUUGCUAACUGUUUGCUAACUGUUAGCUAACUGCAGGUUGUUGGAGCCUGAGGUGAAUGAAGCCUCAUGGAACCUGGUCGCGUGGUUCAUGGGUUUAAAAACACUUGUCAUCGUGUCUCUCUUUACUUGAGUCAGCCCGUGGAGCUGGUCUGUUGUCAGUGCAAUAGCCCCGCUAACCCUGAAACUAACGCAGAGUGGUGGAGCAGUCUUCAUUUAAAUGUGAGGGUUGUUCAGUUUGCUUUAAAACGGUUCCAGAGAAGCUACACAGUUCAACACUUCUCUCUGGUCCAGAGACAUGUCACAACAGAUGGGAGACAGCCACCGAAGGUUUCUACAAUCCAUGAUGGCCAAUGGAAUUGUGGAUGAACAAGGAGCACAGACACUUCACAAGCAUUGCUGUGAGACACACAACACUCAGUACGUUGCUGACAAACUGGACAGUUUCAUCGAUACCAUCAACUCAAAGCUGCAGCCCAUGUUCAUGCAGAUUAGAAAAGGGAUGUCUGAAGACAAUGGCCAACAAUACUAUGCCCUGGUGAACAUGGCUGACACUGACGUCACCAGGAUGUCAUCAGAUUAUGCCGACAAUGAGCUGGAGCUGUUCAGGAAAACGAUGGACCUGAUCGUGGGCUCUGAGGAUGGCAAGGCCUCCUCCACCGACAUCCUGAACAGUUCAGACAGCCUGUCCACCAAGAAGCUGAAGAAGAGCGAGACAGAGCACCUGUUGAACCGACUGGUGCAUGACCGAUGGCUCAAUGAGAAACGGGGUGAGUACACGUUGUCCACCAGAUGCAUCAUAGAGAUGGAGCCAUACAUCCGCACAAUGUACCUAGACCAGGUCAAAGUGUGUCAUAUCUGUCACAACAUCGCUCUCCAGAGCCAAAUUUGUGAAAAUCCUGUAUGUGGCAUAAAGAUCCACACCCCGUGUGUGGCCAGAUACUUUAAAGGAAGAGCCGAGCCGCGGUGUCCAGCUUGUGAUGACUUCUGGCCUCAUGAAAUCCCUGAAAUCAGACGACCCAGGUCUCAGUCCAAGAGAUAAGGACUCAAACAUCUAAUGGGAUUUUUGUUUGUUAAAUUUUAUUUAUUUUUAUAAUAAGUUUCUAAUAAACCAGACUGAUAACAUA